CCCGGUGUGUCAAAGAUGGUUUGGGCAGCACCGUGCAGCUCAGUCAAACAAAGCGUCUGCUCCAACAUUUGCGGAAGUGCUCCCGCGGACUCUUCGUCGUCUUCCGGGUCGACUUCCGGUCACGGCAGAUCGAAGAUGGCGACGCGCGUGUCGAGGUGCAGAAGCUGGAGUCGCGUUCAGAGGUUUGGGAUCGCGGCUUACAGAGAGUACAGCAGCGGCGGCAGAUACCCCAACAUCUCCCUCUCCACACCGCUGCAGGGGAUCCCCAAGCCAGUGUUCGCAUCUGUGGAUGGUCAGGAAAAAUACGAGACCAGGAUCACUACUCUAGAAAAUGGCCUCAAAGUGGCUUCGCAAAACAAGUUUGGUCAAUUCUGCACAGUUGGAAUUUUAAUAAACUCUGGAUCCAGAUAUGAAGCAAAAUACCCGAGUGGAAUCGCACAUUUCUUAGAGAAACUUGCCUUUUCUUCCACAGCUCAGUACGGGAGUAAAGACGAAAUCCUGCUGACGCUGGAAAAGCACGGGGGAAUAUGUGACUGCCAAACAUCAAGAGAUACCACCAUGUAUGCAGUGUCAGCUGAAGUGAAGGGUCUGGACACGGUAGUUAGUCUCCUCUCCGAUGCCGUGCUACAGCCUCGCCUGCUGGACGAUGAGAUCGAGAUGACCAAAAUGGUGGUGCGCUUCGAGUUAGAGGACCUGAACCUUAGGCCGGACCCUGAACCUUUACUCACCGAGAUGAUCCACGCUGCCGCUUAUCGAAGCAACACGGUCGGCCUGCCGCGCUUCUGCCCUGCGGAUCACGUGGAAAAGAUCGACCAGAAAGUGCUUCACAGCUACUUACGCAACUACUACUGUCCCGAGCGCAUGGUGCUGGCUGGGGUGGGCAUCGAGCACGAGCAGCUGGUCGACUGUGCCAGGAAGUACCUGCUGGACGUGAAGCCGGUGUGGGGAGCAAGCAACGUGUUCGACGUAGACCUGUCGGUGGCACAGUACACGGGGGGCAUCGUCAAGAUGGAGAAGGAUAUGUCUGACGUGAGCCUCGGCCCCACCCCGAUCCCAGAGCUCACCCACAUCAUGAUCGGCCUGGAGAGCUGCUCCUUCCUGGAGGAGGACUUCAUCCCAUUUGCAGUGCUCAACAUGAUGAUGGGUGGGGGAGGCUCCUUCUCGGCAGGAGGACCAGGGAAAGGCAUGUUCACCCGCCUCUACCUGAACGUGCUCAACAGGCAUCACUGGAUGUACAACGCCACCGCCUACCAUCACAGCUACGAGGACAGCGGCCUGUUGUGUAUUCACGCCAGUGCGGACCCCAGACAGGUGCGGGAAAUGGUGGAAAUAAUCACCAGAGAGUUCAUUCAGAUGGCCGGAAAUGCAGGAGAGAUGGAGCUAGAGAGGGCCAAGACUCAACUGAAGUCCAUGUUGAUGAUGAACCUUGAGUCGCGGCCGGUUAUUUUUGAAGAUGUCGGUCGCCAGGUUCUGUCCACGGGAAAGAGGAAGCUGCCGCAUGAACUCUGCCAUCUAAUAAGCAACGUGACGGCCAGCGACAUCAAACGAGUGAGCACCAAGAUGCUGCGCAGUAAACCGGCGGUCGCCGCUCUGGGAGACCUGACGGAGCUGCCCUCGUACGAACACAUCCAGACGGCCCUGUCCAGCAAGGACGGACGUCUGCCCCGCAUGUACCGUCUCUUCCGAUAGACCCACCGUCACCACAACCACAACUGGGCAAACACCUACUGUAAAUAAACUGGACUGCAAGAUUAAGUUCCCUCCCAACACGGAGCCUCGGCACAGCUCACCGAGGCAGGGGGCUAAAAUCCCCGGGGCACUCGAGUGAAACUCCGAGGCCGGGGAUUUUAAAGAGAGGACAUACAUUUUACUUAAAAAAACAAAACAAGUGCUCUGCAUACAGUUGGAGUAUAUGUAUUUAUUGUUGGUGGGCAGGAAGCCGUACGUCAUCAUUUACUGCAGGUGAGUUUUUAAAAGGGAGGAUUCACCCCCAAGGGCACCAAAAGCCUCAGAACCAGGGUGUUAAGAUUUACAGUGAAAUGAUCUUCAGAGUUAAUCAGUACAGAGACGAGGGGCCACAUCCCCGGCACUAGUCAACGCUGUUACGUUUUAUUGAGCCACUCGUUCUUGUCCGUUUUCAGACUCUCAGCUCUUUAUAAAUUCACCCAGCAUCUGUCUCAGACAUUCUCUUUCUUUCUCCAGAGCAAAUGUAUAAAAAAAUAAAAAAAUAUUUCUAUUUAUACCCACAAAAAAAAAAAGCACUUCAUAAUCUCACUUUACAGUCAAAGGACAUACGAUGCACAUCAGACUUUACAAACUGUCCUCCAGACCGAAAUCAUGGUUUCUGUCGUGUUUGUCUCAGAUGUUCGGAAAGACACGGAAACCUGUUUCUGUCUGUAUUGUUUUUUAUCGCCUUGGUUGUGUUUGGUGUCCUUGUAGAUUUCAAUAAACGUGGAGGGAUAAAUUCAA